AUGAUGGUGUUUGUGGCAGAGUUAUUUGUGCUACUCUCUCAGACUGAGUGCAGGAUCAAAUGCAGAAUCCGCGACCCUCUUCCUAUCCUUCACAAAUAUAUAGGCCCAGGAGAACUUACAAUUGGUGGUAUUAUUUCUCAAACCUUCAUAUUCUCCAUGCCUCCGUCCUUUGAAAAUUAUCCCUCACAAGAACUCUUUGAUGAUACUGUGGUAGUGCCUCAGAACUACCAGCACAUCCAAGCCAUGGUAUUUGCCACAAAGGAAGUGAAUGAAAAUCCCACACUUUUACAAAACACUACUCUGGGCUUCCACAUUGAUAGCAGCAAUUUCAGUCCAAGCUGGACCUUUUACACCUCAAUGGACCUUCUUUCCACAGUAGGCAGAUUCAUCCCCAACUACAAGUGUGACAUCUGGACUAAACUGGUAGCAGUCAUUGGAGGACCAAACUCGGACAUCUGUCUUCACAUGUCAACCAUUCUAGGCACAUACAAGAUUCCCCAGCUCACAUAUGGGUCUGCUCCAGUGAUGGAUAAUAAAAUCCAAACAGUUUUCUUGCAUCAGAUGUUCCCCAAUGAGGCUCAUCAGUAUGUGGGUAUUAUCCAGUUAUUGCUGCAUUUCCAAUGGACUUGGAUUGGGGUCAUUUGUCAUGAUGAUGACAAUGCAGAGAGAUUUGUGCAGAAAGUGCUUCCUUUGUUUUCCCAGAGUGGGAUCUGCUUUGACUUCAUAGAAAGAUUUGUCAAAGUUGUUUUUUCCACUGAGUUAUCUGCAAAUGUAGAAAAGCAAUUUGAAAAGUACAGGCGUGUCGCAGGAAGCACAGCUAGGGUGUUGGUUGUAUAUGGUGAGACUGAAACAAUCAUCGUUUUGAGAUUUUUGCUCCAAAUGUCCCAUAUCGAUGACACAUCACUGAAGACGAUCGGUAAAAUCUGGAUUAUGUCAGGUCAGAUGGACUUCACAUCAAUUCCUCUUCAACAAAAUUGGGAUAUAGAUUUCAUUCACGGCUCUCUAUCCUUGCUGAGUUUUUCAGAGGAGGUGGUAGGCUUCCGGAAUUUUCUGCAGCAAAAGAAUCCAAACUCAGAAAAAGAAGACGGCUUUAUUAAGAAUUUCUGGGAACAAAUAUUUAACUGUGUGAUUUCAAGCUCAGCAGUAGACGUUUCAGAGAUGUGCACUGGAGAAGAGAAGCUGGAGUACCUUCCGGAGUCUGUUUUUGAAAUGAGAACCACACCUCACAGCUACAGCACCUACAAUGCUGUUUAUGCUGUGGCCCAUGCAUUGCAUGCCAUGUAUAACUUCAAAUUCAGAAGCAGGGCAGAGCCAGGUAGAGGAACACAGACAAUAAUGAAUCUUCAGCCCUGGCAGCUUUUCAACUUUCUAAGAAGCAUUUCGUUUAACAACAGUGCUGGGCAAAGGAUUUCAUUUAGUGAAAAUGGAGAAUUAGAGACCGGAUUUGAUAUUAUAAACUGGGUCACCUUCCCAAACCAGUCAUUCAUUAGGAUGAAGAUUGGAAAGAUAGAUCCACAUUUUCUGCCAGGCCAAGUGCUCACUAUUCAAGAAGAUGCCAUUGUAUGGCCCAGUUGGUUUAACCAGACACGGCCAGUUUCUCUGUGUAAUGACAACUGCCUUCUGGGAUACAGAAAGGCAAAGGAGGAGGGGGAGCCAUUUUGCUGCUAUGAUUGCCUUCCAUGUCCAGAAGGGAAAAUUUCCAAUCAAACUGACAUGGACACUUGUAUUCAGUGUCCAGAAGAUCAUUAUUCUAACAACCAGAGGGAUGCAUGCAUUCCCAAAAGGAUAAGCUUUUUGUCUUACAAAGAACCUUUGGGGAUCAGUUUAGCCAUCACGGCUCUUCAUUUUUCUUUCAUCACAGCUCUGGUGCUUGGUGUCUUCAUUAAGCAUCAAGACACUCCCAUAGUCAAAGCCAAUAAUCGAGACCUGACUUAUGCUCUUCUCACCUCCCUGAUACUCUGCUUCCUUUGUGCAUUCCUAUUCAUUGGCCAACCUGAGAAACUGAUGUGCCUCUUUCGACAAGCUGCUUUUGGUGUCAUCUUUUCAGUUGCUGUUUCCUGUGUGCUAGCCAAAACCAUCCUUGUGCUUUUAGCAUUCAUGUUCACAAAGCCAGGAUCCAAGAUGAAGAGAUGGGUUGGAAAACGACUGGCUAACACCAUUGUUCUUGCCUGCUUCCUUGUUCAAGCCACAAUUUGUACUGUGUGGCUUACAACAUCACCUCCUUUCCCUGAUUUUGUUAUGAACAUAAUGGCAGAAGAAAUUGUCCUGGAAUGUAAUGAAGGCUCCUUGAUCAUGUUUUACUGUGUACUUGCUUUCAUGGGUUUCUUAGCUAUUGUCAGUUUCACCGUGGCAUUCCUAGUCAGGAAGUUGCCUGACACUUUUAAUGAAGCCAAAUUUAUUACCUUCAGCAUGUUAGUGUUUUGCUGUGUUUGGUUAUCUUUUGUUCCUUCUUAUUUGAGCACAAAAGGAAAAUAUACUGUGGCUGUGGAGAUCUUCUCAAUUUUAGCCUCCAGUGCUGUCUUGCUGGUUUGCAUUUUUUCCCCAAAGUGCUACAUCAUUUUGCUAAAGCCUGAACUCAACAGCAAGGGACAGUUAAUAAAAAGAAUUAAUAAAAAUAUCUAA